AUGGAAACUUCAACCCCACAAUACUCAUACGUACCUGCAUCCCCCGAAAUCCACAUAUCUCGACCACAGUAUGCCUCAGUACCCGCCAGAACGAGCGACGAGUCCUCUGAAAGCCGUCACAACAAGGCGCCAAGAUUUGAAGAAAGCACGAACGACCCUGGCCUCGGUAUCCAGAUGAUGCCCAUGACGUCGCCAAGAUCACCAGGCUCUACAUAUUGGCGACAGGAUGCUAGUGGUACAAAGCAUGACAUGUUUUCUCCCUCAGGAUUCUCUUUGGGGCCACGGCCACCAUAUGCCAGAACACCAGACACGCUUUAUUCGUUUGAAUCGGGCAUCUCGAGAGCGCGAACGGAUCCUAUGACUGAGAGGCUCAUCGCGCAUCGAGCGACCCAAUCAACACAAUGGCAUAUACAUUGGCGUAUACCAGCACUCAUGGCAUUUACCUUCUUCAUGGGCAUCGUCUUCGCGCUCCUCCAACACUUUUUGUAUACCUUUCUGCACCACACACGAGAAGACGACGAGGACAAAAAGUUCCGCUGGGUUCUCUAUGGACGUGUGUUAGCAUAUCUCUCGAAAGUCGCCUUUGGUGGAUGUGCGGUGCUAGUUUUUCGACAGCGCAUGUGGAGAGCUUUCAGGGACCAGGCGUUAACAGUGCUCUCAAUCGAUCAGAUUUUUGGUGCGACAGAGGAUCCAUCGCUCUUUGGCAACUGGGAAACUGUCUCCGGUGCACCGCUUUUAUGUGUCAUUGCCAUGGUCAUCUGGUUGAUCCCGUUAGCAACAAUUAUCUUUUCACCUGGUGCACUUACCUUCGGAACCUAUCUCGAUAGCGAGCUAGUUAACCUCAAGGUUCCCACGCUGAACUUCUCGGCGGAGUCCGGAAAAGAUUGGCGACACCCGAUCAAGAUGGAGGGUGGGGGUGAUAAGAAGUCAAUGAUAUACUGUAAUACUACCGAUAUUUCUGCCACAACCCCAGGAUGGUUCGACUACUACGAUCAGCCUUCGGCAGAGCUGAGACGCAUCGCGCUUCUGCUGGCGUACAGCAACAUGGAUCAUCCGAACAUCAAGCGAGGUGCUCGACAGGAUGCUUGUGGAGGUUCAUACAACUGUACCUACGAACAAAGCUUUACUGGGCCUAGCUAUCAAUGCGAGGAGGUAGCAAGCAGUAUGAACGAUUCGGAAAAACUGAGCAAUCUAGGAGCGCCCUUUAACGUAAGCAUUUUGGCACCACAAGGACGCUUCGUGUACUACGCAGAAGUCGACAAUGGCGCAUACUCCCGCCCACAAGCCGAUUUCAAGAAAGGCUCUGGUGGAAUACCCGCCGGUGCUAUUCCAGCCAAUCUAGGUGUUUUCAAGGCAGAACCUGUGCUAUGGAUCGGUUAUGCGUUCAAUUCGACAGAACUGCUAGCGAACGACGACCCUUUGGCGUUGAACUGGACACAUCGCUACGAUCCACAUAUCAUCCGCUGCACACAUAUGGAAACUAUAUACACGAUCAAAUGGAUUUUCACCGAGCCGUUCUUCACUUCCACGAUAAAGCUAGAGCACCAAGCGCCCAUUGUAGAUACCAAAUUUCCACGCGGAGUUGACGGCAAGGUGGACUACACUCUUGAUCCUGAGCCUGCGGGUAAUUACAUCAGCCCACGAGACGAUGUCGGUCUUUACAAGAAAACCUCGGCAUAUCAUGCAGUUGGCGACAUGUUCAGGGACUUUCUCCGAGGACAUGUCGAUAUCGAAGCACCAAAACCAGGACCAUACUACGCACAGGUCUAUUCCGACGUCACAAAGACACGACUAGUGCAGAAGAACCGCGAGCCCAAGAACGAUUUGACUGCUAAAAUUGAAUCCUUUUAUUCAGAUAUGGUGCUCUCUUUGCUGUCAGAGUCAGAGAUGCUCGUCGUAGCCGAAGAAAACCUUACGGUGAAUCGAUCCCGACUCCAGUCCUCUUUCGUCUACGUACCUGAGCGGCUAUGGCAAUGCUACGCCCCGGUCGUCUUCAUAACACUUCUCAUUCUACUGUUCGGUGCUUUGACAAUCUGGCAAGAUGGGACAACCUUUUCCACUGGCUUUUCACGUAUUCUGGUGACUACUCGCAACACCACGUUGGACGAUAUUAGUCGCGGCGCAUGUCUGGGGAACGACCCCUUUCCGAUGGAGUUGAUGCGCACUAGACUCCAGUUUGGUGUUCUUGCUGAGAACGAAGAAAAUUACCUAAGAGACGAUGGUUAUCAAGGCAGCGGUGGUUCUCGAGGCGUAGGCCACUGUACUUUCGGCGUCGCGUCUGAAGUUGCCCCUAUCGUGAGAGGCGCAUCUUAUGCAGGUCUGAAGCAGCGGAAGAGCGAAAAAAGGCAAGGGGGUUGA